UUACCUUCUCUUAAAUAUUGCUUUCUCUUUCCUUUUCUAAAGAAAGGCAAUAUUUGUAAACACUCCAUAUAUAUAUCAUCCUCAUAAUAUUCACAUAAAUGGCAAAGCAAAAGAUCGUUGUGAAGGUGGUCAUGAACACAAACAAGAAAGCCCGUAAAGCUUUGAAAAUUGCUGUUAGUCUCCCUGGAGUUGAGUCAGCAUCAUUCGUUGGAUCAGACAAAGAUCAGAUAGCAGUGACCGGGGAAGGAAUUGACUCGGUCGAACUAACCACUUUGCUAAGGAAAGGUGUUGGAUAUACCGAGCUAGUGAGUGUUGGUCCAGAGAAGAAACCAGAAGCCAAGAAACCUGAUGAGGGGCAAGCAGUGCAAUAUUAUCCUUACCAAUACUAUUAUAAUGGCUAUGACGUGCCUUAUUACUAUUAUGUAUAUUAAAAAUGAGAUAUUGUAAGAUUUCUUCAACAAUUGAGAGAAAACCUUCAUGUGUAAAUGGAAUAAUUUGAAAGGUUUCGACAA